UCAGCACAACUCCCAGCUCCCCGGCCCCUCCUGCCCCUCCUGCCCCUCCUGCCCCCGGUGCACACAGGGCUGACACUCUCGCACACUGGCACAGGUGGAGCAGGGCCCCGGGAGCGCUGGGGGCAGUUGGGCACAGGCCUGGGGCAGCUGAGGGUGGGACAGUGCUGGGGGCAGUUGGGCACAGGCCUGGGGCAGCUGAGGGGGGGACGGGGAAAAGAAAGGAAUCUUUCACAGACAGAGGGGAAAGUGUGUGUGGGACACUGAGAGGGGGGGAAAGUGAGAGGGACAAAGGGGGGGAAGGGAGUCGCUCUGAGCAGGACAAAGGGGAGAAUGUGAAAGGGGGUUAUAAGGAUAGGGGGAGAAAUAUCAGCAGGCACCUGCCCGGUUACUAGGGGAGAAGGAGGUGGCCCUAGAGACAAAGAGAAGUUGCCGUGCCAGGCGGGCACACACAGCGGAGGAGCGGGGCUGCCAUGUUCUACUGCCAGGGGCAAGAGGCGCACCGAGCAAACCAGAGGCUGAUGGACUCGCACAAUGAGGCCUGGUCUCCCUAACAGUCUGGUUAUGGACUAUCAAGCUGUUCUGGACUUCCAGCCACAUCGGACCCCCCUGCAGUGUGAGGGCAGAAUGGUGCCCGGCCUAGCGGAGCCCCCCGUGACAGAGAGGCACAGCGUAAUGAGGCACAUAGCAGUUUACCAGCAGGAGAGCUUGGCUUUUGGGGGGGUCCCCAACCUGACUUACAGGACGGUGCAAAGUCCCUUGAGCCCCAAUAUCUCGGGGGUGGCGGAUCAGCUCCAGGACCAGUGGAUAAUGAGGAUUGAGCAGUUGGGAGAGGAGCGGAUACAGGAGACCCCGGUAGGAACCAGGGAGCAGCAGCCGCCGGGCUUCAUCCCAGAGGUGAAGAGAAGGAACAGCAGCACUGAAAGUGAGGGGGACCCCCUGAGAUCUUCAUUGUCCUACCUCCCCGAAAGCCCCCACCUGCUCUCCGGCACCGGCCCGGGAUCCGACAGAGGGAAAUCAGCCUGGCGUAAGAUCCGCCUGUACCUCCCAGACUCCGCCCUCUGCCCCAGUCCGUCAGUGGAAGAAGACUCGGUGUUUGAGGAGGCAGAGAGCCCAGAACCCCCCGUAGCAGAAGUGAAAGAGCCCCCCCUGGAGGCAGUGGCCCCACAAGGGAAAGGGGAGCAGGAGAGAUGGAGGUUCUCAGCGUCGGAGCUGAUUAGCAAAUUGCAACUCACCCAGAGGCGGAGCAACUUCACUGCCCGAUUGGGCAAAUCUCUGUCUACCAAGAUCACCCUGAGAGAGAGGGGGGCAUCCAGCAGCCAGGAGGGUAAAAGUGGAAGGAGGGAGCGGAGGUGCAACAGCGCCGGGGGGGCGACCCUCCUGCAUCCGGGCAUGGAGAGUGACAGCUCUUGGCUCAGGAAUAAGGAGACAGAGGGCGCUGGGAGACCCCCCACUGAGGAGAAACAGCCCCCCAGUGAGGAGAGACUGAAUCGCUCUAAUGGGGAGAGGGCACAGAAGAGACAGUCGUACUGCGAGAGGAGACAGUCGCGCUUUCUGUUGAACUCCAUUCUGUACCAGGAAUACAGCGACGUCGCCAUUAACCGCGAGAUCCAGCGGCAGAAGCGAGAGGAUGCGCCGGGGGAGGACGAGGAGGUCUCCAGCAGCCCCAGGAGCAACCUGUCCCCCAGCAGCUCCUUCCGCUCCCAGCGCUCCUCCCGCGGCUCCACCUUCUCCCUCUGGCAGGAUAUCCCAGAUGUGCGGGGGAGUGGCCUCCUCAACACCCUCACCCUCCAGGAGCGCAAACUGCAGGAGGCCAAGUUUGAGUUGGUCACCUCGGAGGCCUCCUACGUGCACAGCCUCUCCAUCGCCGCCGACCAUUUCCUCAACUCCCCGGAGCUGAACGACUGCCUGGGGGCCCAAGAGAGACAGUGGCUCUUCUCCAAACUCCCCGAGGUGAAGGAGAUCAGCGAGAGGUUCCUGAUGGACCUGGAGGAGAGGCUGGAGGGGGACAUCUUGCACUUUGAUGUCUGUGACAUCGUCCUGCGCCACUGCCCGGAGCUGCGAAGGGUGUACCUACCGUACGUCACCAACCAGGCCUACCAGGAACAGACCUACCAGCGGCUGCUACAGGAGAACCAGCGCUUCCGGGGAAUUCUCUCCAAGCUGGAGGAGGACCAGGUCUGCCAGCGCCUCCCACUCACCUCCUUCCUCAUCCUCCCCUUCCAGCGGAUCAUGCGCCUCAAGAUGCUGGUGGAGAACAUACUGAAACACACAGCCCCCGGCUCCCAGAAUGAGGAUACGGCCAGUAAAGCCUUCACGGAGCUGAAGAAGCUGGUGAGGGAGUGCAAUGCCAGCGUCCAAUCCAUGAAGAGAACGGAGGAGCUAAUUCAUCUCAACAAAAAGAUUCACUUUGAAAGCAAGAUUUUCCCGCUGAUCUCCCAGUCGCGCUGGUUGGUGAAACACGGGGAACUGGUGGAACUGGACAUGCAGAUCCCGAACAGCGCCGGGUCCAAAUUCAAACUCUGCCCCAAAGCCGUCUAUCUGCACCUGUUCAACGACUGCCUCCUCCUGUCCCGCAGGAAAGAGCUGGGCAGGUUUGCGGUAUUUGCCCACGCCCAGAUGUCGGACCUGAAGGUGACGGAUCUCAGUUGGAAGCUGCAGGAGGUUCCGGGGGAGGUUUUCCACGUCCAACUGUGCCACGAGCAGCGACCCAAACACCAGAUCCUGCUGAGGGCCCAGAGCGAGAGUGAGAAGCAGCGCUGGAUCUCAGCCAUGUGCCUCUCCAGCGCCCAAUCAGAUCUGGAGAUCCUGACGGACAGUGAAGACUUCCCCCAAGUCCAGUGCAUAAAGGGUUACACGGCGCAGGAACACGACGAGCUGACGCUGGAGAAAGCGGAUAUAUUGCGUCUCGCAGCCAAAACCAGCGACGGAUGGAUGGAAGUGAUUCGCCUGUCGGAUGGAGAAAGGGGGUGGGUCCCAGCGACCCAUGUGGAAGAAAUAACCAAUAAGAACGCGCGACUGCGGAACCUGAGGGAGAACAAGCGAAUCAAACACGCAACCAGCAAACUGGAACGGGAUCCGCCCUAAAGUCUGUCCGACGGCUCCGCCGGUGCCUCCCUAACGGUACCAACUACUCCUGCCUCCUACAUUGCACCCUGUCUGCCCCGCGGGGCAACUACUGGGCUGGAUCUACUGAACCCCAAUCAAGAGGGGGGCCCCCCAUCCCUAUCACUAAUGACUGCUGCAACUCAUAGUCUCCUGGGGUCUCCUGUGGAACUGCCCCACCUGGGGUAUUUAGGGACGCUAUCACUAGGGAAUAAAGGAUUAGGAAUUGGGGGUUAGAGCAGUUUGUGGUAGUGCCGGGAUGGGGGCUCAAUAGACUGGGGGUUCCGCAGCAGGAACGUGACUCGCUUUGUUACCCCGACAAUCCCUGCACCCCCAAACUGACCCCUGGCACCCCCUGCUGGGAGGCAAUUGCAUCAGAGAGAUUCCAGGGGCAGCUACACAGGCUCCUUCCAACAGACUGGCACCCCCCAUACUCCCAUAUACCCCCCCAGGGUACGGGGAGCUGUACGGACCCCUCCGGGGUACGGGGAGCUGUACGGACCCCCCCAGGGUACGGGGAGCUGUACUGACCCCCCCCAGGGUACGGGGAGCUGUACUCACCCCCCCCAGGGUACGGGGAGCUGUACUGACCCCCCCCAGGGUACGGGGAGCUGUACGGACCCCCCCAGGGUACGGGGAGCUGUACUGACGCCUACGGGACUUACAGGGAGUUACAGACGUUGUCAAGAACUGCCCCGAUCCCUCCGCUGUGUUUGUAGCUCCAUUGUAUAUACCCCCCCCCCCCAAUUAAACCUCAUUCCCUAC